ACUCCCCCACCUGGUGAACGACACGGCGGCACGAACGCGUCGGCGUCGUCCUCGUCGUGCACUUGCUCCGACGAUGGCUCAGCGCCGGCAGCGCGGCUUCCCGCCGGUCACCAUGCCGUGCCUGGCCCUCGCGGUGACGGCUCUGAUGUGCGCCGCUUCCACCACCACGGCGCAGCCGCAGGCACCGCCGCUGCCGCUGCCACUACCGCAGCAGCCGGCGACGACGACGGCGCCCGCGGUGCCGAGCCUGCCGGCAGCGUGCCCGCCGGCGCAGGCCAGCCUGUCGCCGUGCCUGGGCUUCUUCAUCGGCAACUCCUCGUCGCCGCCGGCCGAGUGCUGCGCCCAGAUCCGGGCCAUGUUCCAGUCGCAGGCGCCGUGCCUGUGCGCCGCCAUGGCGUCGGGGGCCUCGCAGCUCGGGUCCGCGAUCGGCCAGCUGCUGCCCAGCUCGUGCGACCUGCCCGCCAACGCCUGCUCGGGGUCGGGGACCGUGAGCGGUGCCCCGGCUGGUCCAACGACGACGCCGGCGUCGUCAGGGUCAGGAACAACCGCCGCGGCGGCGCCGGGGACUGGGCCGACGGGUGCAGACACGACCGCGCCAGCCGGUGGUGGUGGAGUGAAGUCAGUUCCAGGCGUGCUUGGCUCGGGAGCUGCUGCUGCCGCACCAGCAGGCUACCGCGGCGUCUCUGCCGCCGCUGCUCUGGUCUCGUUGCUCGUCGCCUAUCUUCUCUGAACUCUGAUCGGAUCAUGUGCUUAGUCGUGUACAUUCAGAUGUGGAUUCGUAGCACGCCGUUCAUGUAGCAUGUUCACUAAAAAACAUGUACUACCUCCCGAACCGCGCGCAGUCGUGUACCGCACCGUGCGCAGGAGUUGAAUGAACAUUUGUUACGUUUGUGAGCGAGUGGUAGCAACACGAUUGCUGUACCUCCCGAACAGAGUUGCCACCGACCUCAUCGUUCGUGUAUAUUGCUCCUACAGAUUAAGCGUCAAUUUAAUGAAUUUCACUGAAACGUGAAUUGGACUCCA